AAAAAACUACAAAUACUUACUGCUAACAGGAGGAAAACCACUACCGUCUGCUAUUCUGCUAAAACAUACAAAUUCUAACCACAUUCACCAACUGAUUAAAACUACAAAUACCAACCAAAUACACUUUGCUUGUGGGUUAAAAACUACAACUGCUACCAAGUUAAAACUACAAAUGUAGGUUGAACUACAGGUCCCAGAAUGCUGUUGUGUGGGUGUUUCAGGAGUCUGGAGACCAUCUUUGAGGAGCCCAGAGAGAAGGACGGAGCGCUGCUUCUGAUUGGUCAGCAGAGGAGGCGCAGAGUCCUGUUGUUUCCUGACUUCACUCAGCCCAGGAAGAGGAAGAGGCCGCUAGGAGCAGGGAUUCCCGUUGCCACGGUGCCCAGGAAACGGGCUGCAGCUCGUCGUCAUUACCAUGGAAACGACGACGACGGCGACCUAGACGUGAUGCUGGUGGAGCGACUGAGCGCACUCGAGGACUUCCUGACACGGCAGGGACUGGACGACGACGUGUGAGCUGUGAUGUCACUUCCUGCCAAAAUGAAUCAGCGCUGCUACGACAUGAACUGUGAGCGUUACCGUGGUAACGGCCUGCUCUGUCGCCACGGUAACGCCUGUAGUUUAGUUUUUUUUUUUUUUGUUUUUUUUUUUUGCAGUGUUCUGUAUUUUUUUACAGUGUAGACUCUAAAAUGUGAAAUAUUUAAAUUUUUUACAGUGCGAUGAAUAAUGUGCCCUUUGACCUUUGAUAUCAAUUGACCACACCCACAGUUAAGUGAUCUGCAGACCCCCCCCCCCCCCAGAUGUGUAAAAUAUUCUAUUUUUGAACAAAUAAAGUUUGUUUGUGCUCAUCAAUA